AUGAAUUGCAGCUGCUGUUCACAAACUCAAGUUGAAAAUAUUGGUCCUGCUGUGUCUGUACUCGAAGAAAACGUUGAAGAUGGCGAUAUAUUACAAGAAAUUGGAAAUGCUCAGUACACACUGGAGUUUCUUCGUCAAGUUAUUCAACAAUCAACUAGGGUUAUUGAUGAAGCACCUCCAGCCUAUGAAGAUUUUGAUAAAUAUCCUAGAUUAAGUAAAUAUCAGACCUCGUUUAAAAACUUAACUCCUGUUAAACCAUGUACACAACAACCUCGACAAUCUUCACAGCUUGAUUCUGAUCAGUUUGUGAACUCAUCAACAGUCUCAUGGAUAGAACCAUUUCCGAAACCACAAGGUGAUCCACCACCUGCCUUUUUCAACUGGCUUCGUAGUCGAUUUGGUUCUUUACGUCAAAGCAUUAUGAGUCGUUUAUCAAAUCAAAGUAACCAAUUACAAGGCUCUUCGGUCUUCAGCAUACAUACUGAUUCUAAUUCUCCAGUUUUAUCAACUAUCAAUAUUCCUAGACCAUUCAUUCAUCCGGAACCAUCAAACUCAGUGCCCCCUGCACAAUCAUCUGAGGCAGUAGAACCAAAGCCUUUGGAAUUAAAUGAUUCUAAAAUGACACGUUCGUCAUCAUCAUCAUCAUCAUUACAAUCCAGUGCAUCAUCAGUAGUUUGUGCAACUGAUGAACAGACUAUGAUAGGAGUAUCUACCAUAUCAUUAAAUUGUAACAGUAAUCAAAUACCAGAUUCUAGUUGUACAAAUGUACCUCAGAAAACUUUGAUAGUACGUGAUUUUGACAAAGAAGAAACGGAAUCACAAAAUGAUAGUUACGAUGUUGAUACUAACGAAAUCAAUCAGUCUACGACCCAUUCAUGA